GCUUUGAUCGAUCGAGUCGAUUCUCCCGCAGAGCUUGAGAGAGAUCGGAGGCGAUGGGAGGCGGCAGCAUGGGGAUCCGCGCGGCCGCCAGGGCCGCCUUCAUCAGCGGCUACCGCUCCGCCUCAAACGCCCGCCGCUCCGCCCUGCCCUCCUCCUCCUCCGCCGCCGCGGCCGACACCCGCCCCGCGUCCACGGCCACCACCUUCGACGAUUGGUACAUCCCCGACCGCGAGGUGUUCGGCCCCGUGCCCUCCCACGAGGAGGCCAUGGCCGCCACCCUCGACCUCAGGGACGCCUUCGAGAUCGCCAAGAUUGAUUCCCAUGGUGGCCGCCUGGAUAUCUCCAAGACACAUAUCUCCCAUGAUGGCCUUGAUGAUCCCACAAAGGUUGCUCAGGAAACAUUUCAGGAUCAUCUCCAUUCAGAAGCAUCUAAGCAUGAAGAGCAGCAUGACAGUUUAUCCGUUGCCUCUGGAUCCUCCUCUGCACGUGUUAUUGAAGCCUUCACCAUGCUACACGAGAGUCCUGAAGCUCAGGAUGUUGUUGCUUCGCUUGCUUCUGAUAAGAAUGUCUGGGAAGCUGUGAUGAAGAAUAAGAAACUUGUGGAGUUUUACAAGACAAACCUCAGCGAGUCAUCAAGUGUCACUGACGAAGCUGAGCUGAGCGACGCCGAGAGCUCGCAGAGCAGCAAUGGUGUCGUCUCGCCGGGAGACGCAUUCAGUGAUUACAUUCAGAUGAUGAAGGCGUUCGUGUCGGAGAUGGUGACGAAUCUUUCGAGCAUAAUGCAGGACCUGGUGGCCACGGCGGACGAGGGCCAGAGCAAGGGGAUGUUGAAGACCCUAAUCAUCAACACCAAGAAGGAUUUCACAAAUGGCCCGUCGUCCUUCGUGCUCCUGGCCAUCGCGUCUAUUCUGGUCGUUUUGCUCAAGCGUGCGUAGUUUUCAAUAAAAGUAAGGAGCUGGCAGAGUGGUUGUUCGGAGUUUAGUUUCGUUUCAGCUUUUUGAGCCAGACAGGAUUUCAUCUUCUUUUUCUACUUUUUAGUUCAUCAAAUGGUCGAUUCUACGCGCUGUACAGGUCGACGUUAAGUCCUUUCAAGGGUUUAUCUGGUGGCUGUGUGUUCACCUUUGGUGAACAUGUUCUGCAAGAUGGAUAAUAUGAUAGAGUUUAGUUUUCUUUUGGACUCGUGAUAAAUUUAGUUGUUACUGCAACUUUCUAUGA